CUCGCACUCACACUCACACUCACGAGUGGUCUUGCUCUCUUUCAGUCCGAAGUCUUGCGCUCAAUUGUGAGCCCAGCUGCGUAGCAUCUAGAGCGCUCAGAUCAUCAUAUCCAACCCCUGCUUGGUGCUCCAUCAUGGACCAUCAAUCCGCCGCUUCGGGCUCUGCUAGCGUUUCAUUGUUCAAGAAACGUAAACCACGAGGUGCAGCUGGGGGAGGUAGCUCCAGCGCCAGCGCCAUCUUCCCUUCCACUGCGGGCAGCAAGGAUCGAUCAAAUCUUACAUCCCUAGGCUCUACCAUUGCUAGCGCAGAGAAAGCGGACGGAGCUCAGAAGGAGGAGGAGAAGGAAGCAGAAGAAGAAGAAGAAGAAGAAGAGGGCGGAUCGGCAGUUCGACGAGCGGCGAGAGGUCGAGCGUCAGGCAAGUCGGCCCUCCUCCGACCUUCAACAUCUCGUACUGAUUCUGCACAGCACUUUGAUGCUGCGCGUGAGAGGAAGCGUCUUGGUCCGUCGCUGGGUGCGCUUGGCGCUGAGCGCGGGAUAGGGAUGAAGAGGAGCAUGGACGUGGGGAUGGACUCUGAUGCGGCGAAGAUUCGGACGGAGAAUCAGACUUCGUAUGGACCUGAAAUGAUGGCGAGCUUGAAAGCUGCCACGCCCCGCGCUCCCAUCAGCUCUGGUCAGACGCUUGACCAGGUGGAUGAUGAUGGGGUGGCGGAAAGUGCUAUGGAGCAAGGUGUGGGCUUAUAUGCAGAGGAGGAGAUACCGAGCGCAGAGAGGAUCGCCGAGCUCAAAGAAGCUCGUCGAAGAGCGGCCAGGAAUGGCAACGGCAGCGCCGCUGCUUCCGGAAGCGGACAUGACGCGGCUGCUACAGAUUACAUCUCGCUGGCGGAUGAUGCGGUCAAGAUGAAAGGAGGCAGAAGCGGACGAUUGCAGAGGGACUCGGAUUCGGAUGCGGAUGCGGAUGAGCAGCAAGAUGAAAUGGGACCUGCAUCCAGUCGGACUCGCGGUCACACGGAUUUGGAGAUGGAGGAGGAGGAGAAGUUUUUGAUUGGUAAGAAGGAGAGGAGGGAAGAGGAGAGACGAAAGAGGGAGAUUAGAAGAGAGGCGGUCUCGAGGACUUAUGCGAAGGAGGACGUUGCCACGCAAAAUGGCGGCAAAGAGGAUCAGCUGGAGAGCGAUGAUGAGUGGGAGAAAGCUCAAUUGAAGAGGAUGGGACUGGGAUUGGGUGAUGAGAAUGUGGAGAGGGGAAAGAAGAAGAAUGGAAGACCUUAUCAACCCGCGCCCAUUCCCCAAGUCACGCCUCUUCCCAAAUCUGGCACGACCACCAGCACACUCGCAUCGCGUCUACUCGCGCUCGAGGAAAUGGAGACGUCGCACAGGAACGUCAAGGAGCAAGCUAAUAGAGGCCUGCAAGGAUUGAAAGAGGAGGAAGAGGAGAGUAGGGGGAGCGUGAAAGAGGCGCAUGAGAAGUUGCAAUUCUUCAAGACGCUCGAGGAAUUCGUUAUUGCACUGGCGGUACUGUUCGAGGAGAAGGGCGAAAUGCUGGAUUGGCUCGAGAGGCAGGGAGAAGAUGCUUUGGUGCAUAGAACGCAAAGAGCUAAGCGACAGACUUUGCAGGUGCUGUUCAAUAGUCUGGCCUUGUUUCACGGACCGCCCACAGCCUCUUUGGAUCCUGACGUAUCAGAGUCCAGCGAUCAAGACGUCCGCCCGAUGGACUUCGAAACGCCUGCACAUGUGAGCGGAGGGGAUGUGCUGGGCGCAUCGGAUCAAGAGGCGCAGCAAACGCUUCAAGAAGUCCAAUCGAGCGUCGAAAACCUGCUUUCGGACGUACACUCCAGCGUGUUCAGGUACCCUUGCUCCAUCGACCAAGCGGAAGCGCAAGGGGCACGCGACGAUGAAGAUAGCGUGCACGGCCGAUUCGAAAAGUGGAGAGGAGAGUAUACGGAAGAGUAUAAUGUGGCUUGGGGAGGUCUGGCCCUUGCGGACAUUUGGAAUUUUUGGAGCAGGAUGGAAAUGUGCGCAUGGGAUCCUUUUGCAUCUUCAUCUGAAUCAGCGCUUCCUUCCACCUCCGCCUCGACGGAGGCGAAAUGGAAGGCAAGAAGGAACGUCGCGGAUCUGUCCGAAUUUGCUUGGCAUCGAAAUUUGUCGAGCUUUGUGGAGAGAUGGACAGAUGAACCUGUGGGUGGCGAUGAAGAAGCCAUCGCUACGCUGCUCAGCAGCGCGCUGCUUGCGAAGCUCGUCAGACUGGUCCAGGGUGGAGCGAUGAAUGUUUGGGAUAAGCGCCAGACGGAUAGCCUACUGCACAUCGUGGACCAAAUGUCCUUUGUGUUGGAUUGGAAAGGUGUCCAAUUUCAAUCCUUCAUCGGUCUGAUCUUUGAGAUGUGCAGAAGACAAAUAGAGGUCUUUCAGGAUGCCACUUGGUCAUCCGUCGCGCCAAUUCCUUCUCCAAGCGCAGGCGCGCCUCUUCAAUCCCACCUCCGCUCCGGCGACGCUCCCGAAUCCGCACGAGCACAGGCAAGACGCAUCGUCCUGGAGAAGCUGUUGGAUCUCCUGCACAACCUGCACAAAUGGUCCCGCUUUGCGCUCCUGCAGGACAAGGAGCGAAACGAUGCGUGCAUUGCGCAGGUGCUGGGAGGAUGCGCGUGGAAUUGGAUAAGAGGAGGGUGCGAGGGGCACGCAGCAGCGGCGCAAGUCGAGGAUCUUGUUGCUCGGAUUUUGAAAGAGUUUAGAGCGGGCGGCGCGUUGGGUGCGGACUUGACUAGUCGAUACACCAAUCACCUCAAACAUAUCGUUUCCUAAAAAAAAAAAAAAGGGAGCGGGCACACCUCUACCGCGUUUCCCCCAUCUUGAUUCACGCG